GCUUUGCCAAAGAACGCGCAUAUAUAAAAAGGUGUUUUCUGAGAAAAGGGCUGAAAAUCAACUGCAAAACGCAUGAACGAGCAAGGGCUUUCAUUGAAAGAUGAUGCAGCUGGGCAAAUCCGUGAGCCUAACGAUAAACACUCGGUUUUUCCGCCAAUGAGAUAAGAAACGAGUCAUAAUCAAACGCACCAUCUUCCGAGGAGGUUGAUUCUAAUGACCAAGAAUGAGACAAUCCAGCAAUAGUUGGAGGUGUCGGAAAAGACGAAACAAAACUGCGUAUAGUCAAGCCGAAAUAAUUUCGUCAGAAAGUGAUGAGGUACCGGUAGAUGAGUCACUUGUUUGGUUUUGCUCUGUCUAUCAACGCAAUGAAUGUGAUCAUAAAAGUAGUCAUACAGCAGCACUUAAAGGCAUUUCUAAAGAAGAAAGAGUAGACGAUGCAAAGAUAAGAUCUGGAGCAGCAGCGUCGAUUCGGAAUAUAACAACUGAAAAUUCAAAACUAUAUACAUCAAACGCAGGUUUAUUUUACACUGUUCAAAGUGAAUGGAACGCUCGUUAUUCCUCAAUAAGAGCAAAAUCACACUUAAAGCAUGGACUUUCAAAGAAAAACAAAAUUGUUAAAGAUUUCGUUUGAAACAAAUUUUGAAUAUUGAACCGAAAUUUACAUUUUCAUUAAAAUGUGAAGGCAAAAACGUUUCUGCCCAAGAAAAAACUAUUGCGAACAAAAAUUUGGCAAAUAGCAAUAUAUUUCAAGUUACUUUUGGCGACAUUUGCUUACAAGCAUACAUUAAUAAUUGUUGCAAAGAUGCUCUACCUGUUCCUAAUGUCAUACAUUAUGUUAUAUACAGAAAGGACCGACUGA